UUAAUUCGGACCAAAGGAUUCAGUCUGAAGAAAACCCCAAGCCUUCGUCAUCCCCAAUUCUCUGCAACUCAAAUGGAUCUCCAAUGGAUUCCUCAAACCCUGCUUCCUCCAACGCCACGCCGACGACCGCCGUAGAAUGUGUUGCGGUUGCUAAUCCUUUCCAUCUCUAAUUGAACCAAAUCAAUGGCGCUUGAUCAGCAUAUGUUCGAAGCUUUAAGCCCUUCUCGUUUCAUAUCGUUUUCUUUCCCUCAUCCAUUUCACUCUCAUUCUUCUCUCCGACUUGCCGUGCUCGAUUCACCCAUCCAAUUCACCGAUUCCCCUUCUGUGGCCGUGAUGUUCGUUCCGUUCGGCCUUGAAACGGACUGGAUUUUUUCCACUGAAUCUGGACACUAUCAGCUUCUCUACGAUUCUCCUGGAAUUUCGCGCCUCAUUCUAGUCGGUAAUCAAGAACCGAUGGUGGCCGAUGAUUCGCUUUCCGUUUACCAUCGUUUGUCGGACGAGGAUUCGGCUAAAUCGUCCGAGAGUCGACUGGUGGUGAGUUUACAGCCGCUUUUUCUUGCUUUAUUUCCCAAAUCAUGUUUCAAAUAUGGAAUUCCUGAAGUACCGAUUCUUAGUUUCGUCGAUGAUGUGAUAUGUAGAGUAGUUUUAGAGAGAUGCAUCGGUUCUUCCGUUGGUGAAUUUCUGAUUGAGAAUGUGGAAAUCGAGAGAGAAUCGGGGAAGGAAAUAUUUGAAACUAGGGAAUUUAGGAGACGUUUACGGUUCAAGAGGAUGCCGAACCUGAUUCAAACAGAAAUUCGUAUAAUUCCUGCUGCUAGUCUUAGUCUAGAUGGCGUUGAAAUUCAAAACAUCGAGUUCAAACCAGAUACUAGGGUUCUAGUUCAUCCUUACUUACCUCCAAUGGCGGCAAGCCUUUCAUUAAUUGCUUCCUCCAUUGAUGAACAGAUUCAAACUGGUCAUAGACCGAAAGCCCUGUGUAUUGGAGUUGGGGGUGGGGCUCUGCUCACCUUCCUUGCAACCCAUUUGGAUUUUAAAGUUGAGGGUGUGGAACUGGACAUGGAGGUUCUCAGGGUUGCACAGCAGUAUUUUGGAUUAGUAGAGAACGAAUUUCUUCACAUCUCCAUUGGAGACGCCACCGAAUUUCUUGAAAAUGCUUCAAAGUCGAAUAAGAAGCGCAAGUGUGGAUCCUUUGGUGUUCACAAGUCUUCCGAGUAUGAUGUGAUCAUGGUUGACUUGGAUUCAAGUGAUGCUCGAAACGGCAUUGGUGCUCCACCAUUGGGGUUCGUUGAGAGAGAUGUUCUUUUGAGUGCUAGAUCAAUUCUUUCUGAACAUGGGAUUCUUGUAAUGAAUGUGAUUCCUCUCGACAAGUUGUUCUUUGAGACAUUGCUAGAUAAAUUCAGAUCAGUUUUUGAUGAUUUGUUCCGGAUAGACGUUGAUAAUGGUGAAAACUUUGUUGUUAUUGCAUCUGUCAGUCCAAUCAGGUCUUUGCCUCAUGGUACAAAGAACAAGAUGAACAGCUUUUUGUCCAGAUUGAGAGUACUCCUCUCAGGAGCAUACAUGGACUCCAUUAAAAGGAUAUGAACUUGCUUGGUAUUUGAUGUGAAUCAUACUGAAUAUGGGCUUGCAAUCCCUGGAUAAUGAUUGCAAGCUUGAAAAACUCAUUCAUGUUUUUCUUUUUCGUACUUUUUUGAUCAAAGAGCUUGUUAUCUACAUCGACCCAGAACCUGAAUGUUGGCGAGUUCAGAGUUUGUCGGGCAACGAUAGAAGAGUUCAUACGGAUAUUGAGUCUUAUUAGAGACUUUAUUUUGUGAUUGAUUUGUUCAUAAAUGACCCAAUUUUUGGUUGUUGGAUUUGUAUUGUAGCUUCAUUCUUGUGAGGGAAAUGAAAAUGGUAUUGUUUUAGCCCA